AUGAUUGUCGGCGUUUUGGCGUGUCUGACGGCCACUUUCACGUUGGGAUCUGUGUUCGCGCCCAUCAAACGCUUCCCGGCCAGUGAUGGUGAGUUCGGAAGACGGGAGGAGGGACACUUUGCAACCAGUUGUUGCUUUGUUGAGCGAGAAAAUAAUGCACAUUUGAAACUAUUAGAUCUGGUUGCAAAAUUUCCGUUCAUCCCUACUUUUUCAGGCUUCAUGGUCCAAUUCUUCAUGAGCCUCGGCGGUUUCUGUGUCAGUCUGGCGAUCCACGCGGUGCUCGGUUUCCCUCCGAUUUACCCGCUGGCGAUGCUCGGCGGUGCGCUCUGGUGUACAGGUACGGACCGAUCGAACCCCUCUCUCAGUUGUUGUCCACUUCACGGUCUCCUGAGCUGACAAUGGGCGCGCAAGUGCGCCCCGCUCAAUAGAGCGAUACAUUGGCGCGAAAUUCAAAUUUUAACAGCAAAUUUUGUAUUUUUUGCCAGAUUAGCCACGAAAAAUCGAUAAUUUCUCAUUUGUCUCUCGAUAGACCGAUUGUAUAGGCUAUUACGAAUUUUUUAAGCGAUAGAGCGUCAAAUUUGGUCAAGUCGCAAAUCACAUUUAUCCGUUUGAAUGUUUUUGGCAAAAACUGCGUGAAUUUCAGUUGCUUUUCGGUAAUUUUCGCGGUUCGAGCGCUCAAAAUGCUUGUAUUUACGUGAUUUAUCAUUCUCAAAACCAAUUCUGUCUGAAAAAGAAAGCGCAAAAUGAGAAGUGCGGUUUUUAGGCGGCGAUCGGCGGCGAAGGCGAAAAAGCAAAGUCCGCCGAAAAAUGCGCCAAAACAUCAUUAAUUCUGAGAAUUAGUGUGUUUUCAUGCCGAACAAUCAUUUUUCAUCGCCUUUGACCACCAAAAUCAGAGAAAACGUGCUCAAUUCAUGAAUUAAAACGCCAUUUGGCCGCCGAGGCCACGCCAAUAUUGUCAGCUCCUGGAGACGGUGGCACUUGCAGCCAACUCGUUCGCCUUCCUGAUCAUGAACCGUUUGGGACUGGCGGUGCCCAUUUUGGUCUGGAACACAGUGUCGUGUCUGACCGGCUGGGCGACCUCCCGUUUCGGACUGUUCGGCGUGCCGCAGGGCGUUCCUGGCUCCGUCCUUCUCAAUUACGCGGGCGUGCUGGUCCUCGUCGUCGGCAGUUCCUUCUUCCUUUUCAUCAAAAGCCACGUGUACACGCCGAAGAACGCGGAGCGGUUCGCUUCUCAACUGCCGUCCGAGAAAAGUGUGAUCACGUUGGCGACGACGGAAUCGGCGGACAACCAGCUGGCUCCACAUCAUGUUUCCCCCCAAAUCAGAAUCAUGUAAUCCUCAAAGAGACGUUUCUAAAAUUCAAUAUGUCAACGGACACUUUCAGUUGCCUCAUCGCCGCAAUCUUCAGCGGAUUCUUCUACGGAUCCAUGUGCACUCCGGUCACUUUCAUCCAAAAUCGACCCGAUUUGUAUCCGGGCGCCCCGACCGAAGGACUGCCCUACCUUUUCUCGUUCUUCUCCGGCAUUAUGCCCACUUCCACACUCGUUCUGGCCAUCUAUUCGGGUAUCAAGUAAGUGUUCUCAUUCGAGACUGUAUAUCUCAGCUGCCAGGAGAGAUAUCAAAAAUCUGUCAACUGACAAAAUGUACACAAUUUCAUUUUGAACAAUUUCUCAGUUGACUGAUUUUCAAUAUCUCCGCAUACAAUUGAGAUACUGCACCUCGAAUAACCGCUACCCAUUCCAGACGCAACAACCCGUCGCUGCCUCCGUUCCUCGUGCUUCCUUCCCUUCUGGCGGGCCUUUUGUUCGCCGUCGGAAUGGGCGGCUUCUUUAUUGGAAACGAGAAGCUCUCGCAAACAAUCGCCUAUCCGAUUUGUUCGUUCGCACCCGGACUCGUUGUCAGUGCGUGGAGUGUGCUGUACUUCAAGGAGAUUACGGUAAGUGGCGGGGUUAUGCAAAGUUAUGUAAAUGUUUUGGGUACAUGGCGGCUUCAGUAAUCCAAAAACUCUCAAAGUUUAGGACACUUUCAAACCUUGGAAUUGAACCAUAGCUUCAAGACGCCGUAUCUCAGCUGUAUGACAAGAUAUCAAAAAGUUGUCAACCAGCAAAAUAAUCAUUAAGACAUUUUGCACAUUUUAUCAGUCGACAACUUUUUGAUACCUCUACCGGCAGCUGAGAUGUAGCGGCUUGAAUGACCAGUAGCCGUACUGGUACAGUAUUUACGGUCAAGCUAUGGUUCAUUCCGAGGUUUGACAGUGUUCCAAACAGUAGGGGACAGUAUUGUGAAUUAGUGCAGAACAACCCGAAUACCUCCACUCUCCUACAAUAUCCAACUUUCUCUGCUUCCAGGGCAAACGGAACCUGAUCCUUCUGGCCAUCGCCUACGCAUUCACCCUCGUCGGCGUCGUCAUGGUCACCGUCUCCAAGGACCUCUAG